UGUCUUCCUGCUGCCGGUCUGAACACAAUAUUUUCAAACCAGACAAUUUACCACAUAGUUUUCAUACGCGUAUCAAAACGAGGUCGAUUUAAUUCAUUACGUGUUUUACAAAUACACAUGAAUACUUUACAUGGCGUAAAGACAGCCAGACGUUUUCUUUGUUACCACUUAUUUACGCGACAGGGUCCACUUAAGACCCCGCAUUUACGGAAAGUUCGUGAUGGGUUCGAAGUCACGACGUCGGUCUCGCUCUAAGUCCAGAAGUCGGAGCCGGGAUCGGCGAACCAAGUCCAGAGUAAGCAGGUCUCGCUCUCCGGAGGAAAGGAGGCCCCGCAGUCGGUCUUUGGAUUCGAAAAGAACCGCCCGUGGUCGGGGACGAUCAGGCAGCAGGAACUCCAGCGAUGGCUCUCCUGACCGCCGUCGGCCUCAACACAGGGACCGUCCGGGGUCCAGGAGCGACUCGGAGAGCGAAAGGAGACGAGGACCACCCCGACCCAGCAGCAAGUCCAGGGCUCGUUCAUCAAGUUCUGAUUCAGGUGAUCCCAAAGUGAGGAGGCCGAGAAAGGAAAUGGAGAACCGGAGAGGAGCAUCUCGAGAGAAGAGGAGGGAAAGAUCCCAGUCCAGCUCUGACUCCCAUGAUGGAGGCAGUGACAUCGAACGGGGAAGGCGGAGAAGCCCUGACAGAGGGAGUCCAACCAGAGACAGACAGAAGAGAGAGCAAGACAAAGAAAGAGAGAGGUGGGAGAGCAACAGAAGAGAAAAAAGCCUUGAGCGCAGGAAGAGGUGUGAAGAGCGGGAGCAAGGGAGGAGUGAGAAGAACAGAGAGAAGGCCGACAGAGGGAGGCAGCGCUCCAGUUCACCCGAGUCGUCCGAUAGCUCGGAGUCUGAUCAUGGUGGCCGUGCAGUCAAAGCAAAGGAGGACAAGAAAAAUCAGAGGGAGAUGAUGAAAGCGCUAGAGACACCAGAGGAGAAGAGGGCCAGGAGACUGACAAAGAAGGAAACCAAGGAGAAGAAAAGGAGAGAAAAGAUGGGCUGGAGUGAAGAGUACAUGGGAUACACCAACGCAGACAAUCCCUUUGGUGACAACAACUUAUUGGGCACAUUCAAAUGGCAGAAGGCGUUGGAUAAGAAAGGCAUCGGCCAUCUGGGAGAAAAAGACCUUAAAGACCGGAACAAAUGUAUUCAAGAGGAGAAUCGCCGAGAGCUGCAGAAGGUAAAACAGCUGCGUCUGGAGAGGGAGCGAGAAAAGGCCAUGAGAGAGACGGAGCUGGAGAUGCUUCAGAGAGAAAAGGAGGCAGAGCAUUUCAAGACCUGGGCUGAGCAGGAGGACAACUUCCAUCUGCAUCAGGCCAAACUAAGGUCUAAGAUCCGAAUCCGUGACGGUCGUGCCAAACCCAUCGACCUGUUGGCGAAGUACAUCAGUGCAGAAGAUGACGAUCUCGCUGUAGAGAUGCAUGAGCCUUAUACCUUUCUCAACGGGCUCACGGUCACCGACAUGGACGACCUGCUGGAGGACAUUAAGGUGUACAUGGAGUUGGAGCAAGGGAAGAAUGUGGACUUCUGGAGAGACAUGACUACCAUUACUGAGGACGAGAUUAGCAAACUGAGAAAACUGGAGGCUUCUGGGAAAGGACCAGGUGAUCGUCGUGAGGGCAUCAACACAGCUGUGACCAUUGAUGUCCAGACAGUGUUCAAAGGAAAGACAUACAGCCAGCUGCAGGCACUGCACCUGAACAUUGAGACAAAGAUCCGGGCUGGAGGAUCCAAUCUUGAUGUUGGUUACUGGGAGAGUCUGCUGCAGCAAGUCAGAGUCUACAUGUCCAGGGCAAGGUUGAGAGAGAGACAUCAAGAUGUGUUGCGUCAGAAGCUGUUCAAGUUGAAACAGGAACAAGGGGUGGAAAGUGAACCUUUGUUCCCCAUCAUCAAAGAGGAGCAGAGGACUGACGAUGAUGAUGCGACCACAUCAGGGGAGCCUGGCCAAUCUUCAUCCUCCACAAGGAAGAACAGAGAAACCGAAGAGGAUGAUGAGGGGGCGGGUCCAUCGACGUCCACAGCUGGAAACCAAGAUGGGGACGGAGGAGACAAGGGGGACAAGAAGAAUGAAGAGAAAGAGGGCGAGGUGGUGGAGGCCGUGCUGACGGAGGAGGAUUUGAUCCAGCAGAGUCAGGCGGAGUACGACUCUGGUCGCUACAGCCCCCCGCUGCUCACGUCCUCCGAGCUGCCUCUGGACACGCACACGAUCACGCCUGAAGAGGACGCACACAGGCUAGAGUUAGCACGCUCACAGCUACAUGUCGCAGGUGAUGACAGCGAGAGUGCCGAGGAGGCCUUUGUACGCCGGGCUAAACAGGGCAUGGGCAACGAUGAGGCCCAGUUCAGCGUGGAGUUUCCCGUCACUGGGAAGAUGUACCUAUGGGCGGACAAAUACCGUCCCAGGAAACCCCGCUUCUUUAACAGGGUCCACACAGGCUUUGAGUGGAACAAAUACAACCAGACCCAUUACGACUUCGACAACCCCCCACCCAAGAUUGUCCAGGGUUACAAGUUCAACAUCUUUUACCCGGACCUGAUCGACAAGCGCUCAACCCCGCAGUACUUCCUCGAGCCCAGUCUCGACAACAAGGACUUUGGGAUCUUGCGGUUCCACGCUGGCCCUCCGUACGAGGAUAUUGCCUUCAAGAUCGUAAAUAGGGAGUGGGAGUACUCUCAUCGACACGGCUUCCGCUGCCAGUUCUCCAAUGGUAUCUUCCAGCUGUGGUUCCACUUCAAGAGGUACCGCUACAGGAGAUAGAGGCCACAGACCAGGAUGGACCAAAACCCCAGUUGCAGGGUUUUAACCAUAUUUUCUAUAUUAUGUGGGCUGUACAGUCAAUGUACUUUGUUCUAUUGUUUUUAACUGAUAUAUUGCCAAAAAGCAGUUUGUUAAAGCUACAAAAUUAUUCUGUUGUCUGAAAAAGUAAUUUGUAAUGUUGUCAGAAAGUUACACAUUAAAGAUUUUUUUCCCACAUUUUA